UACUACUGUCAAUUUUUUAAACAAAGUUUUUGGAAAAUAAAAACUAAAAUGUUUAAUUUUAGUAACUUGUUUCGCUCACUACCAACAGUUUCUUCUAUAUUGCCAGUUCGAUAUCGUGCACGUAAAUGUACCAGGGAGCGAAAAGCAAAAAUUAAUAAAAAAAAUAGAGCUGCUAAUUUAGCCAAAGCAAGAAAAUAUAUACCUAUAUUAAAGAAAAAGCAAUUAGACAAAUCAAGUCGUACAAUUGAAACAUUUCCUUGGCGUUCAUCCAAUGACGACGUCUAUCUGGGAUUAUUUAACCAAAUGCGCAGAUUUAACUUGUUGGAAGCUAUAUUAGCUCAUCGUGAACUUCACCAUCCAACAAUGAUCAAUGUACCUAAUGCACCUCUGAAUGUUCGUCUUGAAAUAGACUUAACUACUGAUAAAAAAAAUAAAUUUGUCGAUAAAUAUCAUAAAAUAAUUGAAUUACCUCAUCCAUAUGACCAUGGAGAAGAUAGAACAAUAUUAGCAUUUUGUCAAACUACUGAAAUGAUGGAAGAAGCUAGAAAUGCUGGUGCAAUGUUAGUUGGUGGGAAAGAUGUCAUUAAAAGUAUAGAGAGAGGUCUUAUAAUGUUACCGGAUUUUCAAUAUGUACUUGCUCAUCCUGAUAUUUUAACAGAAUUACCUGCCAUCCGUGGAUUAUUGAGGAAACGUUAUCCAAGUCUUCAACAUGGUACAUUGACAUUAGAUUUAGUAGCCAUGGUAAAGCAUUACAUAAAAGGUAUUAAAUAUAAUAUGCAAGUGGAUCCAUAUGAUGAAUCUUUAGGAAUUGUAGAAAUGAAAAUUGGACAGCUUACAGAUGAUCCAAAACACCUAAUUGAAAAUUUUGAAACCGUAUUUAAGGAUAUUAUGACCAAAGCUCCUAAAAGAGCCAAUCAAUCUCAAUCUCAAUUUAUUAUACGAUGUUUAGCCCAAACACCAGCAUCAAGAGAGAAAUUCAAUAUCAAUUUAUCUCAAUUUAUUAAUACUGAAGAAGACUCAGAAUCCGAUUCGGAUUCAGAUGAUGAAGAUGAGAUUAAAAAUAAACAACGUCUUUAGUAUAAAUUAAUAUUUAGUGAUUUGUUAUAAAUUAUUAAAUUAUAUUAGUAAGUUA